AUGACUUCCUCUCGAGGCUCUCAACGUGUGCGCACACAAUACCCCCCGGCGCCCUGUGUCGAGGAAGAGCCCCAGGCUCUCUCGAAAGAGCUUAACGGCCUGUCCAAACUUGGAGACAAGCCGGGGAUCUAUGGUGUCCAGACAAGAGGUGCUGUUGAUCAGUAUCCCAUCUUGGUCUCUGUCGACUCCCUCCCUCCACCCUCCACCUCCCCUGCCAGUGUGCCCGGACUAGGGAAUGUGUCCUCGGAUGAAAGUACAGGGCCGGCGACGCCACCUCCUCAAGAGCCAGUCAUCCGAAACACUGUCAUGUUUGAUACGGGUGAGCGGCCAAAACGCCCAUCGCCAUCCGUUGCAAGCCAACCCCGAGGCCCACCCUCUCGACCUCUGGCCCAUCAACAACCUACCCGUGAGCUCAAUGCACAGCGGGAAUCCAAGCCGCCCUCCCGUACACGGGAUAGCAAAUCUAGCAGACAAGGGCCGCCAAUAAUUAAUAAUUCACACGGCUCUCGAGGACCGAGUACGCUGGAUCGUACAGGUCAUCGAGCUCCCGUGCAAGACAAAACAUACUUGCAACCACCUAGGACCUCUCUAGGUCGGUCCAACAGUGCAAGACAUACGCCGUCGUCGACGCGACCAAUGCAAGAACGAUUUCGACGGGAGGCGAGCUCGGGGUAUUUGUCUGAUUCAGCCACCACAUCUAAGCCGCCCUCUCGUAAGUCUAAAUCGCGUGUGUCGAUGGCUCCAACACCAGCAGAAGUAGCGAAUGGGCCCACCCUCGCAGAACGCAUCGACGAGAAGCUUCGCGAGCGACAAGAACGACAAGAACGACAGGACUCAGGGUCGAUAUCUGACCCGGAAGCUCGGCAAGUUCCCACAAACACGAAGCCUGUCGACCCUGUCAAACCUGCGAAGCCUGUGAAGCCUGUGAAGCCUGUGAAGCCUGUGAAGCCUGUGAAGUCUGUUGACCCGAAACUCGUGAAAGCAUCCAUGCCACCUCCAGCUCCAGGCCCAGCUUCUGCUCCUGCUCCUGCUCCUGCAUCGCGCUCGUCUUCGCGGGAGCCUCGGCGUGUUCCGAGCAUGCGAACUCAGCACGAAGCGCCUCCAGCCUCCCGAUCCCGCGCGAAAUCGGUCACAGUGGUGCCUAGGCGAUCGAUGUCUGGGUCUCGCCGUCAUUCGCGCCCACCACCCGAGAUGACCAAGCCUGCACCAAACCAAAUUGCGAUCCAGCUCGAUCCAGACAGAUCAACCAGCCAGCCCGCAACUAGUCGACAGGGUGCCGCAUCGCCACAGCGCCCUAAUCCCGUAGGCCUGGGUCUUUCCCCCUGUCCUCGAACCAUCGCCGUGGCAGGCUACCAAGACUGGUAUACUCUCAAGGGCCUCACCCAUCUGGACAUUUGCCCAUCCUGCAUGAGUCAAGUCGCCCACUCGCGCUACCGGGACUACUUCAUCCCCAGCCUCUCGAAACCAGCCGGUCAAAAAACACGAUGCGCCUUUGCCAACGCAUGGGCCCGUCUCGCCUGGGCACAAAUGAUCAAAAAGGGACACGACAGCCUGGAGCUCCUGUACCAAAUGACGCGCCCACCACCAGGAACCCGCUCCUGCCCAGGCCGCAUCGUCGCCGAACAAACCUGGCACCGCAUCUACGACCCAGAAACCGGCACCGACCUCCCAGGCUUCCACGUCUGCAACAGCUGCGCGCGCAACGUCCGCAUUCUCAUGCCCAGCCACCGCGACACCUUCCAACCAAACCCAGAACCCAGCGAACACGUCUGCGACUUCGUCACAUCCAGCCCGCGCUUCGUGAAAUUCAUCGAUCUCCUCGACGCCUCUGCGUCCCGCGCCGAGGCCGAAUCCUCGCGCACUCGCCGGCCCGAUACGCGCGAGUUCCUCAGCUACGCGCGGCGCAAGGUCGUGCUGCGCGACUGUCGCCGCGACAGACCUAGUCUUAGCACUUGGCAUUUUAUCCCCUCGCUGCCGGAGAUGUGUGUCUGCGAGGAUUGCUACGAUGAGGUUGUCUGGCCGCUUGCGCGAUCUAACCAUCCCAUUGCGUGUAUGGUGACGACGAAGAUGCGGCUCUUGCCUGGGGAUCGGCCUGGGCGCACACGGGAGGCGAGUUGUCAGCUUUACUCUCCGCGGAUGCGGGCGAAGUUCCGGGAGGCGGUUAUUCGGGACGAGAUUGGGAUGUUGAGAUCGGUUGCGCAGCGGAGAGUCGAGGCUGAGCGGCGGUUCGUUGAUCGGAGGGAGGAGCUGUUGAUCUCUCAGUCGAGGGGAUAUAAUAUUGAUGAGGAGAUGCGGAAGGCUGUCGAUGAGUGGAGGAAAUGGGAAUAA